AUGAAAUGUCCAAGUAAAUAUAAAAUAAACAAAACAAUUAUAAUAGCGUUUAUUUUGUUAAAUAUUAUACAGACAAUAGGAUUUUUUGGUAAAUUUUUAACAUAUUUCUAUUUUUGGGUAGUAGAAGAUCAAAUAUUUAAAGACAAUUAUUAUAGAAUAACUAACAUUCUUAAGAUGUUUUUCCCACUAAAUCUUAUAACAUCAAUAUUCACCUGUUAUUCAAUGAAUAUAAGAAGUGCAGUAGCAAUAACUAUUUCAUAUUAUUUGCAACUGAUCCAUUUAUUUACAGGAACAACAUUUUUAUUUCUAACGGUUUUUUCAUUUGAAAAGUAUUAUAAAAUCUCAAUAACCAAUUCAACACACACUGACCCACAAACAUAUGGACUGGUAAAAGAAAGGUAUGGUUUACGAAGAACUACUUCACCUAUUAUAGAUGAAUGUGUUAAAGAAAUGGAAUCAGUCAUAAAUGACACAAAGUUAUUUAUUGGAAUUUCACUCUUAAUAACUCUAUUUAUUUACAUGUUCACCAAUAUCAUUCUUCUUGUUAAAAAAUCUAAGAAAACAACAAUUAAGGUUCCAAAAACAGUUACUUGUAUGAACGCAGCUAUGAGUAAUGAAAAACUAGGACAUGUGAAAAUUAUUGUGUAA